AUGCCUGAGGUGGCAGCUGUGGCUAAGCUUGGUGCUUCCUGCGAGGUGUCAAAGCAGUCACUGACUAAAAUCACCAAGAAGCAGCCCAUGAAGCAGAGGAAAUCUUACAAGCAGAACUAUUCCACUUACGCGUACAGGGGGCUGACCCGGGUCCACCUUUCCACCAGGAUCCCGUCUAAGGCCAUGAGUGUUAUGAAUUCCUUCGUUGUCAACGUUUUUGAGCGCAUCGCCUCCGAGGCCUCGCUCCUCAUUAACUACAACAUACGCCACACCACCUCUGCCAGGGAGAUCCAGAGCACCAGUAAAGCUGCUGUCAAAUUGGAAUUGGUGGCUGAAGCCAUGAAGAAAAGGAGCUGGAAAUUUAACCAGAGGAAAUUCAGAGCUUUAAAGGCCUUUAUGACUGGAAUUGGUGGCAUAUAUGCUACAUGGAUUGCUUAG